AUGCAGGAGGUUGACAAAUUCCUAGACUAUGCAUUUUCUAAUGCAGCAUGUGGGACUCAGAUCUUAUGCCCAUGUGUAAAGUGCCUAAAUCAACUUUGGGGAAAUCGGACUGAAGUGACCGAACAUCUGGUCUGUGAUGGAUUUUUAAGGAACUAUACAAUUUGGAAUAACCAUGGGGAAGCAUCAUCUUCACACACCCCUCUCCGUGAAACUCCAGUGGAACUUGACUCAUCAGAUACCUAUGAUGUUACACAUAACAUGCUAAAUGAGAUGUUCAGAAGAAAUACAGAUGAAAGGAUUGAUGAUGGUGGCACAGGUGUGCAUAUAGAGGGGGAAAGUAUAGCAAUGAAGAAAUAUGAACGGUUGAUGGAAGAUGCAAAUUUACCAUUGUAUCCAGGAAACGAAAGGUUUACAAAACUAUCUUUCAUUCUUCGGCUUUAUCAUAUUAAAUGUCUCUGCAAGUUGAGUGACAAAGCAUUCUCAUUGUUGCUUGACUUAUUGAAAGAAGCAUUUCCCGAGCCGAAUUCGUUACCGAAGUCUUUGUAUGAAACCAAGAAGAUUAUUAAAGACUUAGGCCUGAAUUACGAGAAGAUUGAUGCAUGCCGCAACGAUUGCAUGUUGUAUCGGAAUGAGACAGCAAAUGCCACGUCUUGUUACAAAUGUGGCAUAUCAAGAUAUAUAUCAGACGAUAAGAAGAUCCCAGUCAAGAUAUUACGUCAUUUCCCUUUGAUUCCAAGGUUUCAAAGGUUAUAUAUGUCGUCUAAACUAUCAUCUGAUAUGAGAUGGCAUCAUGAAGAGCGUGUAGAUGACCAGAAGUUACGACACCCAGCUGACUCUAAAGCAUGGAAGGACUUCGAUAGGCUUUAUCCGGAUUUUAGUGAGGACCCUCGUAAUAUUAGGCUUGGGCUUGCAAGUGAUGGAUUCAAUCCAUUUAAGAUGAAUAGCUCAAAGCAUAGUACAUGGCCUGUUGUGGUGAUCCCUUACAACUUGCCACCGUGGAUGUGUAUGAAGGCUCCUAACAUGAUUCUUACAUUGCUUAUUCCUGGACCAAAACAACCAGGGAAUGAUAUAGACAUAUAUUUGCAGCCAUUGAUUGAUGAGUUAAAAACAUUGUGGGAUACAGCGUUGAGACUUAUGAUGCAUAUAAGAAGGAAACAUUUAAGCUACGUGUAUGCUUGUUAUGGACCAUUAAUGAUUUUCCGGCAUAUGGGAAUCUCUCAGGUUGGAGUACGAAAGGUGCUUUGGCUUGUCCAUGUUGCAACAAGGAUACAAUUUCACGUUGGCUAA